UCGAGUAAAAUCACGAUCAUUCAACGCUUGAUUCAGCUGCACGAUGAGAAAUGAGAAGUGUAAACACUUCCCAUCACAUCAUAAGCAGGUUUUAAUUGAAUAAGGAAAUGAUCUUCAAGCUGUAUUGAGCGAUCGUAAACAAAAUGAAACAAAACCACGCCGAAGCGUUGGGAAAAUUGUUUUACUUUUCGAACGUGCAAAGUACGGUGCCGCGCAGGAUGUUUCGUGAAAAAUGCACACAUGAGGAGUGAGAAAAACAAGCUCCCGGUUAAAAGCUCACAGAAAGUGCGGACGCCAGUGCUGGAAGCCGUUUGGCUUUGGUUGAGCAUCGGUGAGCAUGCAACGAUCAGAAGAAAACGUGGAAAAGUCAUUCCAGCUCAUGCUCUCGACCAGUGCGGAUCGGUUUAUUGUGGUGUGUGGUGUGGUGCAAUCGUUUUUCUUCGUUUCACGUGCGUGUUUUUACAGGUGAACAAAAAGUAUUGAAAGUGGAAAAUAGUGUAAAAAAUCAAGAAUUUAAAAAAAUAUAAAAUAGUGUAGUUAUAAUGUGAGUGCUUCAAAGUGAAGGAAAAAAGCGAAAUCUAACCAGUAAAACAGCACCAUCAUAAAGUGGAAAAGUUAAAAUUAUUUUCAUCCAGCACUUAGUGGAAUUGAUUUGAUAAUCAUCGCACACUCGGCCUAAUCAUAGCUGGAUUCAAACCGGUGCUAUCCCGGUGUUCUACGUCAGCUUGGAUGCGUUUCCGCUAGUGAUAAGAGCUCGGUGUGUUUGGUUACCAUUUGCAUACAUCACCACCCGAAGUUGUUGUGCGGUUUUCUUCCCCAAUUCUAACCCCAAAAACCGUCGUUCAGAAUUUCCCGAAUUCAGAUGUAAUUGUACAACGGCGGUUGUUUUGUUUCGGUCGGUUAUUGUCGAAGUAGCGAGUUGUGCCGGAAACCAACAAAAAAAAAAACACACACACAACCAAUCUGCGAAGAAAAGUGAUUGCAGCGUGGGCAAAGGAAAAUCCCCCGGUUGAAACCGUACACCCACAUAAUGAGAUUAUUAUUCGGCGUGCUUACCGUUCUAUCGCUGCUGGCAGGGAUGGGCGGUGCCAUUUUUCAGGGUGGCGUACUGGAUCUGAACUUCUUUCGCUGCAUGUGGACAAAGAACUACGAGUGUCCACACGAGGACAUAAAGUUUUUCCUCUACACACCCACUUUUCGGAAAGGCAGAAUCAUCGAUAUGAACGAACCAAAAUCCAUUUUCAAGGUCGGCUUCAAAACGAACCAACAGACGGCGAUAAUCAUUCACGGGUUUAAUGGAACGCAGACGAGUCGGCAUAUUAUGUUCCUGAAAGAUGCCUACCUUUCGCGCAAGUUCAACGUUUUCGCAGUCGAUUGGGAGGUGUUAUCACAGUAUCCGUGCUAUUUUUCAUCCCUAUCCAACACAAAGCUGGUGGCGCAAUGUACCGCACAGCUUUAUUCCUUUCUUACGUUUGCCGGCUGUACCAGCAAGCAGAUAACGUGCGUGGGCCAUUCCCUCGGUGCUCACAUAUGUGGGAUGAUGAGUAACCAUCUGACGAAGAAGCAAUACAAAAUUAUUGGAUUAGAUCCAGCUCGACCAUUGAUUGAGAAGCAUGCGUCACAAAAGUUUCGCCUAACGCGGGAAGAUGCACGCUCGGUACAGAUUAUACACACGAAUGCCGGCUUACUCGGGCAAAGCUCAUUUACCGGUCGGGUGGACUUUUGCAUCAACGGUGGACAGGUGCAACCGUACUGUGAGGGUGACCGAAUAAAACAAGCUCGAUGUAGUCACUUUUUGAGUGUGUGCUACCUUGCCAAUGCAAUCCUAGCGUCCAGACCGAUGCGAGCGUUCCGAUGUCCUUCCGGAUGCGUGCCCGACAAUCGGAUACCCUUCGUGAAGUCGAACCGAGUGCGUAUGAAAUGGCUUACCGUUGGACAGGACACACCGGGAAACGUAACCGGAGGAUAUUGUGUCCAUAUGGAACAAACCAUGAACUGUCCAUUUAACUAAUGAAUGUGGGAAUAAGAGGGAGAAAAAACGAAGUGAAACAUGUACAGUGAUGAGGUUCAGUGCAAUUCAUAGAAGCGAAGCAUUUGGUUUUACAAAUACCAGUAUUAAACAAUGAACAGAGUAGGUUUAAGCGAACAACUAACAACAACAGAUAACUCGAUUAAACCAUAAGAUUUAUCGCUGUAAAUAUACACCAGUUAAUCGUU